AGCGGAUGUGACGUACUGCAGCCGACGAGCUGCCGUGCCGGAAGUUGGUGUGCAGUGCCGCGGCUGACGUCCAGCCGUGCCGGGGCGCACGGGGUGCUCCCGCAGGCAUGGAGGCACGGGAGCUGCUGCAGGAGCUGUGCGGCUCGCUGCGCGCGGUGCUGGCACGGGUCAGAGAGGGCGAACCGGGCGAAGGCCGCGAGCCGUUCGAGCCUCCGCGCUUCUGGGACGCGCUAGGUCAGGCAUUCAAGGUAACAUCACAAGAAGCUACGAAGCUUAGUCUAGCAUUCUCGAGGCCUCCGCUGCCUUCUGCAGAGAAUUGUCGAAAGCUGAGUGAAGAUGUCCAAAAUGCCAUUCUUGCAGUUGCCACAGUGUACUACUGGCUCCCCAAGGGCCAAGGUACUACACUUCGGAAGAUGGUACGAGAUGCUACCACUGAAGUAUUGGAGGGAAUGAUCCAGCUCACAGAAACAAUUCUCAUUUCUCCACUGGGGAGCUCAUCUCAGGAGCAGCUUAUAUCAACUGGUGGUGUGUGGGAGGCAUGUGAGCAAGUGUGCAGCCUGCCACGAGAUAACCAGGCAGCAGUUGUGUCAGUUCUGUCUGCAUUUCUAGGUGUGGUCAAGGAUGCUGUGGAAGAGAUGGAAAAUGCUCUGGUGGAAGAACGAGACCCCUACAGUGAUAUCAUAGAAGACGAGGAGCUCGGCUUUCGGGGUAACAGAGAUACCUAUUGGUCAGAAGCUGACCGGAAGUUGCUUGGCUCCUGCAUGGGAUUAAUGAAGGCUUCUAAAGCUUGCCUAAAGAAGGUCUUGAGUGUAGUGAAGGCUUAUGGGAAAGCUGACUCUCCAGAGCAGAUUGCUCAGCUGGAUGACCUUGCAGACAUUGCUAAUGAGAUCAGUCCAAGCGUUGAUGAGCUGGCCCUGAGCAUGUACCCACCUAUGAACCAUCUGGCCGUGCGUCUCAAUGCUGCUAAAUUGGCCUCAGUGUUAAAGAAAGUCUUAGAGAUUACAAAGACAAGCCAUGUAUGUCCACCAUCAGAAGAAGGCUGGGUGCAGUUUCUAACAGGUGCAGUAGAUCACAACAUGGACAAAAUCAAGAACUUCACACAGGGUGAACUUUAGCUCUUCUGUUUCCACACGUGUUACUGCCACUAGCUCUGAUAUAUGCUUUUCCAGUGAAUCUGGCCAUUCUCCAGCUACAGGGAGAAUAAUGAGGACAGUGUUUUUAAGAGGGAACUUUACUGCUGCCUGGCAAAAUUUGCCCAGAAAAUCCCUCUUUGCAGUUGCAGAAGAUGUCAUUUUGCUUGGACUCUUGAGAUGGUGCAGUGCUUCAUUUUAAUGCUGUGAAUAUGUUCUGUUUCUCAGACAUUACAGCUACUGUGGGGUUCAGAGAACAAUAAAAUGUUGCUAGAUUUGUGUUGUUAGCUGCAUCUAUUUUCAUGUGGCAGAGAAUAUAUGCAGAAGAAAAGAAUCUCCAUUCUCUUGCAGUCAGCCAAAGGAAGUGUUUAAAAAAAAAAAAAGCUGUAUUCUGUCUAAUCUUAAGGAGGAGUGAAUUCUAUUCCUCUGUUUUAUUCCCGAAGAAAGUGGUAGAAAAUACCUGCUGUAUUACCAACUUCAAGAAUCUGUAGGAGAUCAGAAUAUUUCUCUAGAGGAGUGCUACAUCUGUCACUUUGAAAUUCUACAGUAUGGUUUUUUUUUGCCACAGGAGAGAAAGAAUGACUAAGCACUGGUGUGUUCAGCAGGAAUGCACACAGAAACCUGGUAUCUGCUUGAGCACGUUGCCAAUCUUUUUCACAAUAAAGUUCAGCUUCCCAGA